AACCAAAGCAUCUUCACAUGCAAGUAAGAUCCCCUUUAAAAUAUGAGUCUACAGCGCAACAUUACGCGCCCUUCUCCAAGGCAUCACACUUACUAUGUCCUGCGCAGUCCGUCAUUCAUUUCAUACAUGACUGUGCAUGACUGACUGAAAGGCGCUUUCGGGGAUCGCGCACCGAACCGCUGCUCGCCCCCAAACGGACCCCACGAGCAAACUGAUGUGACUGAGGAGAAGCCGAAGGGAAAGUUGGGAGCGAUAAGAGCUCGGCUGCGGAGGACACCUACGGACAAAAUGCGGAAUUCCGCACCCUGAGCGCCGCAAACAGGUUUGUCGCCUCCAGCCACUGAGAAGUUCCCCCUCACGCCUCCCAUUUGCCCCGUGACAGACUCAAUACAGUGCAGAGAUGGAGCCUCCAGACCGGACCAACUGGGAUUCUGGGCACCACAACCAUUCCACAGUUGCCGUGGGUAACAGCUCUGUAAAUGUGUCUGGACAGAGUAUGCCAUUUCAGGGCGGGAGCACCAUGGUGACAGCAGUCAUCUCGCUGACGGUGUUUGUCAUUGGUCUGAUGGGCAACACGCUGGCCAUCUACGUGGUACUGCGCUAUGCCAAGAUGAAGACUGUCACCAACAUCUACAUCCUCAACCUGGCUGUGGCUGAUGAAUUGUACAUCCUAGGCCUGCCCUUGCUCACCACUCAGAACGUUCUCUCCUACUGGCCCUUUGGCUCUUUCUUGUGUCGUGUGGUGAUGACUGCGGACUCCAUCAACCAGUUCACCAGCAUCUUCUGUCUGACAGCCAUGAGUAUCGACCGCUACCUGGCUGUGGUCCACCCAAUAAAGAGCACGAAGUGGCGACGGCCAAGGGUCGCUAAGGUCAUCAAUGCUGCAAUCUGGGCUCUCUCCUUUGUGGUGGUUCUGCCAGUCGUCAUCUUCUCUGAUGUACAGGACAUGUUCAACACCUGUAACAUGAACUGGCCAGAGCCCAAGGCUGCCUGGUCCACAGCUUUCAUCCUGUACACGGCCAUCCUGGGCUUCUUUGGUCCUCUGCUGGUCAUCUGCUUGUGCUACCUGCUCAUCGUCAUCAAAGUGAAGUCGUCCGGGGCGCGGGCAGGCUUCACCAAGCGGCGCAAGUCCGAGCGCAAGGUGACACGCAUGGUGGUCAUCAUCGUGGUGGUGUUUGUAAUCUGCUGGUUGCCCUUCUUCCUUAGCAACAUGGUCAACCUGGUCGUCAUUCUGCCCGAGAACAAUGUCAUGGCCGGCAUCUACUUCUUCACCGUCAUCCUGUCCUACGUCAACAGCUGCGCCAACCCAGUGCUUUACGGUUUCUUGUCUGACAACUUCAAGCAGAGCUUUCGCAAAACCCUAUGUAUUCACAAGGCUAACGGGGUGGAAGACGGCGACCCCAGCCUGCCUCGCACAGAGAAGACCACCGUCAACGACACUUUCCUUACUCCGAGGAGCCAUGACUUCAAUGGGCACAUGCAGAACAGCCAGGGCAUCAAGUUGAAGCCUUGUGGUAACUCAGAGGUGGAGCCCAACCCCACGGGGCCCAUGGUGAUUGGCCAGUCCACUCUAUAAACUCUGCAAUCUUUUUCUCCCUCCCUCAAUCUCUCUCCCAUCUAUCUUCACUCCCCAACCUCUUACCACACGCCUAAGGUCUCCCCACACACCCAAGCAGUACAGCCUCCUCUGGGCGACCUCCGCCCACAUCAGCAGCUCCCCUCAGCAGCAUCAUCUGUCCCGUUGCUGUUAGCACGCGACCUCUGAUCUCCCUUUGAACCAGGGGCCAUCAGACCACUUCUGCAGGUAAAAAGGGACUUAGGAACAAUGUUCAGCAUUGUUGAAUGGCUGGAAAAGAGGGAAGCUGGUAAAAUACACCCAAAGGCAUCGAAGCACACAGACAGGCAUGUCCAUAUGCUCAUGAACAUGCCUGGUCUAGUGUGCAGAGA